AUGUAUGAUGCUCAAUCUUCGCCUCCUGGAUCCAAAAAGGUGCCUCAGAAUCCUAGCCCGCCACAAAACCCAUCUCUUCCACCUCCACGGAAGAAACCAUAUCCUCAGACAGCCGGCGAUCAAUCUGCCAAGCCACCUCAGACGCCUCAAAUACAGCGACCACCACCAGUGCUGCCACCGCCCGUGACCAGCUGUGAAGUGGAUGACACCGUGAGGGUUCCAUGUGGACCUCCCGGCACAAGCAGGGAUGAAUGCGAAGCCUUAAGCUGCUGUCACGAUGGCCGCCAGUGUUAUUUUGGAAAGGCAGUGACUGUCCAGUGCACCAAGGAUGGCCAGUUCAUUGUUGUCGUGGCCAAAGACGCCACACUCCCCAAACUCAAUACUGACACAAUCAGUUUGCUGGGAUCGGGUCCAGGAUGUUCAUGUGUUGACUCUAACUCAGCCUUUGCCAUCUACCAGUUUCCCGUCAGUGCCUGCGGGACUCUCGUCAUGGAGGAGAACGGUGUCAUAGUGUAUGAGAACAGUAUGUCUUCUUCGUUUGAAGUGUUCCAGGGACCCCGCGGAGACAUCACCAGAGACAGUUUAUAUGAACUGAUGUUCCAGUGCAGGUAUAUCGGCCAGUCUGUUGAAGUUGUGCUUGAAGAGUUUCUUCGAGUGGAAAAUCCCCUUCCAGUCGCUGGGUUGGGGCCUCUCCGUGUGGGCAUGAGGCUGGGCAAUGGACAGUGUCUAUCCAAGGGUUGUGAUGAGUUGAGCGUGGCCUACAGUUCCUAUUACACAGAAGCCGACUAUCCCAUCCCGUUCGUACUCAGGGAUCCCGUAUAUGUGGAGGUUCUCAUCCUUGAUCAGGCAAAUCCAAAUUAUGUCCUGACACUCGAUCGCUGCUGGGCCACUACGUGUGAGGACGCUUACAGUUUGCCUCAAUGGGACAUUCUCAUAAAUGGAUGUCCAAACCAGGCUGACACUUACAGGACGGCACUGGUUCCAGUUCCCACCACCCUCGACCUGCCACGUCACUACAGACGUUUCGUUUUCCAAAUGUUUGCCUUUGUGGAACAAAAUACAAAGAACCAGAAGCAAGAACUGUAUAUUCACUGUAGUACGACUGUGUGCGUGCCCUCACCGAGCGGAAGCUGUGAACCUAUUUGCAUGCAAAGAAGUAAGAGAGACGUCUCAGACGUGUCAGACGUGGAUCAGAAGACUAUCGGACCAAAGAUGGUGGUUUCUUCUGGACCGCUGGUCGUAUCGGCUCCUCCUGAGGAAUAA